AUUUGAUAUGUAUCAAGUUGUUGAGGCUAGAAGUUAAUUCUCCUGUCCACAAAAUUUCACCUCCACAAUUGAACAGAGAGCAACGAGUGUGGAAGCAGCCUUUUUUUGAAUGCUGAGACACUUGAGAGUGAGGGAAGAUCGAAAGGCCUCUGACAUUGUAGGCAAAAGGAAAGAAAUUGAUCAUCUCUCAUUCGUCAUUGUUCAACUACCAUGUCUCGCCCAGGAAACAGACGGCCAGAAUACCAUAAAAUAGACUGGCAUUUACCAGCAAUUUCAUCCUCUGCUUCGGCACAUUCUAUGAACAGAGAUCUCUUUGUACUCACCUAUGGAGCUCUGGUGGCCCAGUUGUGCAAAGACUAUGAAAAGGAUGAAGAUGUAAAUAACUACCUGGAUAAAAUGGGUUACGGCAUAGGAAUACGACUAGUGGAAGACUUUUUGGCUCGUUCGUAUGUGAAAAAAUGCCAUAGCUACUCAGAAAUUGCUGACCUAAUCGCACAGGUUGCUUUCAAGAUGUACCUGGGAAUCACACCUAGUGUGACCCGUAACGAAUCAAGUAGAAAUGAAUUCUCUCUAAUUCUGGACAAGAAUCCUUUGGUGGAGUUUGUGGAGGAGCUCCCAGCUGGACGAUCUUCUCUUUGUUACUGUAAUUUGCUGUGUGGAGUCAUUAGAGGUGCCCUGGAAAUGAUUCAUUUGACUGCUGAUGUUACAUUCUUGCAAGACAGACUUAAAGGCGACAAAGUUACAGAAAUAGGAAUAACAUUCCUGAAGAAGUUGGAGGAGAAAAAAUACAGACGGAAAAAAUGAAGAACAACAUACAAAAGCCACAGGAAGUCAGUUUGGGAGUGGCUAAUAGCUGACUAUAUAUGGCCCUGUAGUUUUGAUCUUGCUAAAGUCAUGCAAGCUUUUAAAAAAGCAUCAUAACUUAGUCAGAAAAACAAGGAAUUGCUUGAUACCAGGUAUCACAAGACCUUUUUUUCUGCUUAUAAACUUACAUUUUCUCCCAAUCUGCAGAACCAAAGAUCUUUUAAAAUAAGUAAUUCAUUAUGUAAUAUAGCAAGCAUGAAUUCCUCAAUAUUACACAAUUCUACCUAGUCAUUCCAUACUUGUAAGGAAUGAAAAAAUGAUAAAUAGUUUACACAUCUCCUCUUAUUGAGCACACGGGGGAAAUUAGA